CCCGCCCGCCGCCCGCUCGGCCCGGCGCCCCCCGCAGCCCCGGGCGCCGUGCGUCAACCCGGCCUUCGGCCCUAUCUUGCGCGGCUUCCCCGGCCGGUGAUCGUCCCAGCAGACCGGGCUGUCCGGCUGCCCGGCUUGCCUCGUGCGCGCUUCGCCCUGAGCUGGCCUUUGGGCUGUCGGUCCCUACGGGCCGGGCCAUGCCGAGUCGCCGCGCUGCCAGAGAGUCCGCGCCCGAGCUAGGGGCCUUGGGUCUCCGUCUCCCAGGUUCCAGUGACAUCCCUUCGCUGUCCAGGACCACAGAUGAACUGGAAAUCAUCGACGAAUACAUUAAGGAGAACGGCUUCGGCCUGGACGGGGCACAGCUGAGUGAGAUGCCGCGUCUGGUGCCCCGCGGGCCGGCCUCACUGAGCAGCGUCACUCUGGGCCCAGCUGCACCACCGCCUCCUGCCACGCCGCCCUGGAACUGCACACUGGGCAGGCUGGUAUCACCCGGCCCAUGCCCACGGCCAUACUUGGUCAUCACAGAGCAGCCAAAGCAGCGUGGCAUGCGCUUCCGCUACGAGUGCGAGGGCCGCUCGGCUGGCAGCAUCCUCGGGGAGAGCAGCACUGAAGCCAGCAAGACUCUGCCCGCCAUCGAGCUUCGAGACUGUGGCGGGCUGCGGGAGGUGGAGGUGACGGCGUGCCUGGUGUGGAAGGACUGGCCACACCGGGUACACCCACACAGCCUUGUGGGGAAAGACUGCACGGACGGCGUCUGCAGGGUGCGGCUGCGGCCUCACGUCAGCCCCCGGCACAGCUUUAACAACUUGGGCAUCCAGUGUGUUAGGAAGAAGGAAAUCGAAGCUGCCAUUGAGCGUAAGAUCCAGCUGGGAAUUGACCCCUACAAUGCUGGCUCCCUGAAGAACCAUCAGGAGGUCGACAUGAAUGUUGUCAGGAUCUGCUUCCAGGCCUCCUAUCGCGACCAGCAGGGACAUUUGCACCGCAUGGACCCCAUUCUCUCUGAGCCUGUCUACGACAAGAAGUCCACCAACACCUCUGAGCUGCGGAUUUGCCGAAUCAACAAGGAGAGUGGGCCAUGCACAGGUGGUGAGGAGCUGUACUUGCUAUGUGACAAGGUGCAAAAAGAGGACAUAUCUGUGGUGUUCAGCACAGCUUCCUGGGAAGGUCGUGCUGACUUCUCUCAAGCUGACGUGCACCGGCAGAUCGCCAUUGUGUUCAAAACGCCACCGUACGAGGACCUGGAGAUCUCAGAGCCCGUGACGGUCAACGUCUUCUUGCAGCGGCUCACAGACGGGGUCUGCAGCGAGCCACUGCCCUUCACGUACUUGCCUCGGGACCAUGACAGCUAUGGUGUGGACAAGAAGCGAAAGCGGGGACUGCCUGAUGUCCUUGGAGAGCUGAGCAGCUCUGAUCCACAUGGAAUUGAAAGCAAGCGACGGAAAAAGAAACCAGUGUUCUUGGACCACUUCCUGCCUGGCCACAGCUCCGGCUUGUUCCUGCCACCAUCGGCUCUGCAGCCAGCAGACACUGAUUUCUUCCCUGGUACCAUAUCCCUUCCUGGGUUGGAGCCUCCUGGUGGCCCUGACCUCCUGGACGAUGGCUUUGCCUACGAUCCCUCUGCCCCAACGCUCUUCACUAUGUUGGACCUGCUGCCCCCAGCACCACCACUUGCCAGUGCUGUGGUGGGUAGCGGGGGUGCAGGGGCCACGGUCGUGGAGUCUCCUGGCCCAGAGCCCCUGUCGCUGGACUCUUUUGCAGCUCCAGGCCCUGGGGAUGUUGGUACUGCUAGCCUUGUGGGCAGCAACAUGUUCCCUAACCAGUACCGAGAGGCAGCCUUCGGGGGUGGCCUCCUGUCCCCAGGGCCUGAAGCCACGUAGCCUCUGAGUUGACCAGGAGGCACUGGGUGAGGCUUGUGGUCCAGCACUCCAUCCCCGAAGCCAACCUUGAUCAGUCUUCCAGCUUCCUCAUCCUGAGUCAGACGUCUGCAGUGCUGGCGAGAAGAUGGGGCAAGCGCCUGUUCUCUUUGAGCCCAUUAAACAGAAUGCGGAGUCCGGAGAGGAAAAGGGGCUCCUGCAGAUGGACCCCUUCUCAGGACAGAAUCUCAGAGAUUGUACAUAGGGGAUAGGGAGCAGAUCCCCGGUCUUCUUCCCCAAUCCUGAAGAAGGGGGUAGGUUGUUUGUUCAGUUUUCCCAAUAAAAAUUAGUUUUUUGA